AUGGCAGCCAACAACGACUUUUUAACCUUCAUCGAAUUAUACGGCGUUGAAUUGAACGACAAUAAUGUACUGCAAUACAACUCCUUAUUUGCAGAAUUUAAUAAAUCCCGAACACAGGGGGAAAGCUUGGAAAGAAAUUUCAUCAAAUGGAGCAGAAAUUACAAAUCCGAGAAUAUCCCUUCCAAACAACUAACCCCUGUAUAUGCUAGCCUACCCUCCGACCUUGCGAAAGUAAAAGAUGAAAAUCGUACGGUUGGAAAUUUCUACAGUUUCACCCUUGAUCAGAUUGCAAACGACACGCGCGGUACAUCCCAAUUCGACAUUGACGAACUUCUGAAUAAUUGCAGUCAACCACAACAAAACCCGUUGCCAAUGGACACAACCCAAGAAAUCGAUAACACAGAAACCCUACAAAAUUCAACAACCCAAACGGCGCCAACAACGAUAACAAACAACGAGCAAAACACAGCCAAACAAAACCAAAAUGAAACCGACGGUAUAGAAAUAAUACCUGCACGACAACAGCCGAAAGGAAAAAAUAUUCAACAACUAAAAAACGCAUACAUGGAUUUACACAAACGAAAGAAAACAAUGCCGUGUACUGUUGUGCCAACAAAAGAACGAAAAACGGUUGGAAGACCAACACGUACUGAUAUUUUAACAAAAAUCGCAAAUGAUCCACCGGACUUUAAGACAACAAACAAAAUAUACUGUAAAGAUCUUAUUCUACUGAACAACAAAAAGAUUGAAAAAAAACGGAAAACUAUUUUAACCAAAUAUAAUCAUAAUCUCCGCGUUAGAAACAGUAAAUAUUUUACUGUUUUGAAUAUCUUAGUGAAUGUGGACUGCAGAAAGAAACAUUAA